AUAUCAUUAAUCACUUGCAUUGUGUAGAACAUUCAAAAUUGAACCUCUAAACUUGUUCAUUCACUCAAAAACAAAUGGUGGUCAAAGUGUUUGGUUCUCUUAGAGGAGCUUGUCCUCAGAGAGUCCUGGCUUGUCUUUUGGAGUUGGAUUUGGAUUACGAGUUUGUUCAUGUCGACCUCGACUCUGGUGAGCACAAACAACCUCCCUUCUUACUCCGCCAGCCUUUCGGACAAGUUCCUGCUAUAGAAGAAGGGGACUUCAAGCUGUUUGAGUCUAGAGCCAUCAUAAGGUACUAUGCAGCAAAGUACGCGGAAAAAGGUGUCAAGCUUAUUGGGAAUACUUUAGAGGAACGAGCCCUCGUUGAACAAUGGCUGGAAGUUGAAGCACACAAUUUCAAUCCCAUGCUUUACACACUGGUACUUCAGCUCCUGGUGUUCCCAAAAAUGGGAGGAAAAACGGACCAUGUUUUAGUUCAAGAAUGCGAAGAAAAACUGGAGAAAGUGCUUGAUGUGUACGAGCAGAGGCUGUCAGAGAGUAAAUAUCUGGGCGGUGAUUAUUUUUCACUGGCUGACCUGAGCCAUCUCCCGGGAAUCCGAUACUUGAUGAAUGAAAUUGGAUUGGCACACUUGGUGACAGAUAGAAAGAGUGUGAAUUCUUGGUGGAUUGAUAUUUCAGGCCGCCCUGCUUGGAAGAAAGUGUUACAGCUGAUAACUGCUUAGUUUUUGUUGGCUGUCCUGGAUCACACUGUUAAAAUAAGUGCUUUUCUUUACUAGUUUAAGAUGCUUAAUGCUUCCUUUCCAGAAAAGAUUUGCAGUGGGGAGUUAUGUUGAACUUCAGACUGAAUUGACGCUUUUAUCAUCAUAUAUGAGUACAAUUAUCAACUUCUAAUAGGAACUGAAUUUGAAUAACCUGCAUAUCAUAGCUGAAUCAUAGAUCAGUAUCAUGUAUGAAUACGAGGUUGUAUUAGGUGCUCUGGCAAAUAUGUUCUAAUUUGCUGCAAUCGAUGAGCAUCUCCUUCGGGCAUACCAGAUUGAUAUGCUUAA